UUGUAUUUUCAGGAGGAGCAGCUGCUUCAGAAGAAAAGUAAACGAGAUAAUGCUAACGAGGUUGAAAUUAUCAAAGAAUUCUCCGGUGGCUAUUGCUCUUCGAUCAGAUUUGGUCUACGCAUUUGGUAUUAUCAGCCUUGGUCUGAGGAAACACGACAACCUCUUGGAGAGCAUUGGAUGGUAACCAGAGCUAACAAACACUGGUUUUACGGUACUUUUCUAAAUGAAGAGACAGCCGUUGAAUUCUUUGGCGAUUCUUCGGAACCAAGAAGAGAAAAUGUUGUGAUGAUCCGUGGCUGGUUUCCACGAAUUUGUGCUCGUAAACUGUGA